UUCAGUAUUCGGCACCACAAUACCAAUCAAAAUACUCGGUACUCGGCAGCGAAUUCUGAACCUAAGUGAAGGACUUUACUUACUUACUUUUGUAGUCAGUUUACCAAUUACAUGUAAAAUGAGCUUAAGAAUAUACUCUGGGUUAAAACUGAUAUCCAAAUGUUUAUACUCGAAUACCAAAUGCGGUCAUAAUUUUUCAGCAAUAGGUGAGUUAUGCGACUAUAUAAGGAAACCAUCAUAUUGGGUUAGCAAAAGAUACUAUGUCAUAGGUGAAUAUGACAAGUUAUGGCAAGCAGUCAGCAGUGGGAAAGGAAAAAGAGGGGGAAAGAAAAGAACUGCUGCCAAAGCUAUUGAUGGAGAAUUUAUAAAGUUUGGAAAAGCUAACAUGCAGUUUCCAGGUUUAAAUGCACCUUUGCCCAUUAAAGACAGAGAAAGAUCAGAAAAAAAAAGUACUUUUCCAAAGUCAGAUAGAAUUAAGCAUGCUAAAUUUGAUGCUUCUCUCAGAGGUUGGAGUGGGACGUCAUGGCCUGGAAGAUAUGCUGGUUCACCAGAAACUCCUAAUAAAGAACCUAUUGAAGAUUUCAAAUCUAUAGUGAUUGAGGUUAAAAAGGUUUCAGUAACUCGUGGAAAUGGAAAACGAAAAAGGACAAGUGCUAUAGUUGUAGUUGGUAAUGGAAAAGGAGCAAUUGGAUGGGCAAUUGGUAAAGCAUCUUUUGCUGCAUCAGCAAUACGAAAGGCAAAAAACAAAGCUGUAAACUACCUUCAUUAUGUUCCUGUUCAUGCUGAUAAAACAAUUUAUCACAGCAUAGAAACCAAAGUUAACAGCACCACAAUUAAAUUUGAAAGGAAAGUUCCAGGACAUGGGCGUCGUUGUCAAAGGAUCAUUCGAGCAAUAUGUGAGUUAGCUGGUAUUGAAAAUAUACGCUGCAAGAUUGUAGGACGCACUACACCUCUGUCAGUUGUUAAAGCUACAUUUCAAGGACUCGCUUUACAAGAAACCCAUGAAGAACUUGCUGAAAGAACUGGGAAAAACGUCGUUGAAUUUCGUCCUGAAAGAGGCAACAUUCCUGUCGUUGUUGCAACACCUUCAGAAGCGUCUGUGCUUCGACGUAUAGAGAGAGAAGCGAAAGGUGACAAUGAUGACAUUUCUAAAUACUUUGAUCCUUUUAUGAAUAGCCAUAGACCAAAAACAAUUAACCAAAUACGUCAGUCAUGAUGUCAUAAUUUGUUUGUUCAUUUAAAUACCAAGAUAACUAGU